CAAUGACAGUUGUCUAGAAAUUUUCUUCUGCUUGAUUCUUGAUUUCAUGACUCAAAUCACUCAAAUAUAGGGAAUGGCCAGUAAAAAUUCCUAAUCCCGUGCAUUCGGCAAUACUUCGCCACUUGCAAGAAGUCAAUGUGAAUCUUGAACAAAUUUUUGAAGCAGUAUAUCUAGUGGGUUUGAUUUGUUCCUAAAGUGUCAUUCUGCACACUUCGACAGACUGGAGGGGCACGAGGUGCCUUUACUUUCCCCUUCGGAUCAACAGCUCAAGUCAGGUUCCAGUCCCGACAUGGACGAUGUUGGUAGCAAACGUCAAGCAACUAGAGUUUUCAAGAAGAGUUCACCAAAUGGGAAAAUUACAGUCUAUUUAGGUAAACGAGAUUUUGUUGAUCACAUAUCUUAUGUAGAUCCUAUAGAUGGAGUGGUCCUCAUUGAUCCGGAUUAUAUGAAAGAUCGAAAAGUAUUUGGUCAUGUAUUGGCUGCAUUUAGGUAUGGUAGAGAAGAUUUAGAUGUUUUGGGACUUACGUUUCGAAAAGAUUUGUACUUAGCUGCUGAGCAGAUAUAUCCACAAGAAACUACUGCACAAAACCCAAGACCUCUAACCCGGCUUCAAGAACGAUUAAUAAAAAAACUGGGAUCGAAUGCUUUCCCUUUUUAUUUUGAAUUACCUCCCCAUUGCCCAGCAUCAGUUACCCUUCAGCCUGCUCCUGGUGAUACUGGAAAACCAUGUGGGAUUGAUUAUGAACUUAAAGCGUUUGUUGGAGAAAGUCAAGAAGACAAACCCCAUAAGAGGAAUUCAGUGAGGCUAGCUAUAAGAAAGAUAAUGUAUGCCCCAAGUAAACAAGGGGAGCAGCCUUCAGUUGAGGUCAGUAAAGAGUUUAUGAUGAGUCCGAAUAAACUGCAUUUAGAAGCUUCUCUGGAUAAAAAAUUAUACCAUCAUGGCGAAGUUAUUGCUGUGAAUGUCCAUAUAGCUAAUAACUCUAACCGCACAGUUAAGAAAAUCAAAGUAUCCGUUAGACAAUUUGCGGAUAUUUGUCUGUUUUCAACAGCUCAAUAUAAAUGCACAGUUGCUGAAAUUGAGAGUGAAGAGGCUUGUCCUAUUGGCCCAGGGUUUACAUUAAAUAAAAUAUUUACACUUACCCCAUUGCUGGCAAAUAACAAAGACAAGUGGGGUCUUGCCCUUGAUGGUCAAUUAAAGCAUGAAGACACUAACUUGGCAUCGAGUACUUUGGUAGCUGAUCUAUCACAACGAGAAAACUUAGGAAUUAUUGUCCAGUAUAAGGUUAAGGUUAAAUUGUGCCUUGGCGCAUUAGGAGGAGAUUUAGUUGCUGAACUCCCAUUUAUUCUUAUGCAUCCAAAACCAGAGGAGGAAAUUAUUCCUCCUGCUACUCCAUCUAGGCGUGUGAGCGAAGAUAUCAGAAAUGAUAUACCAGUGGAUACCAACCUUAUACAACUUGAUGCUGAUGAGAAUAAUAUGCAGGAUCACGAUGACGACAUAAUAUUCGAAGAUUUUGCUAGGUUGAGGUUAAAAGGAGGUGAGACUGAUGCAUGAGGGAGGGUACAGACAAAGGCAUCUAAAGCCCGUCCAUUUGUACCCAUACGUACCGAUGUGUAUGUCACCUGCGAAUAGGUAUAUGCCUACAAACUCAGUGUGUGCGCCCUAGUCAUCGGCUGUCUUGCAAGCCACAACCAGAAUGCACUUAAUGUACGUUAACAUGUUCCCUUCCUUUUUAUGUAUGUUCUAAUAUAUCAGUAAUUAUUUAUUACAUUUUAACGGUACUUGAAAUAUUUUUCAAAGUUUUUAUAUGGAGAAAUAAAUGAUCUAAGUCAAUAAUGCCACUAUUUUGGCAACAACUUGAAAUAUUUUUGGUGAAACUUGAUAUUGUACAUUAUGUUUGUAGAUAUGUCCUAACAAGUUUCAAAUUUCUGUAACCAAAGUAUGAAUGUGAAUAUUUGAUCAUUUAUCACUAAUAAACAGUGACUAAGUAUG